GCAUCAUAGUUGCUUUUAAUAGAGAAACGAACAGCAGUCUCAUGUUCUCUGUCAUGUUCAGUCGUCAUUCUUCCGCGCUCCGUCACGCUCUUUAAAUCACCUUAAGUGGCCGCUUUUGUCCCGAUCGAGGUCGUGGCGAAUCCGCCUUCUAUUCAGGGUACGAUACAGGGGACACGCCCAGCCUGAUGCGACGGGAUGCCGGUCCGUCAUACUGUAGAUUUGGAGAAGACAAGAAUGCGCGAAGGCGGUAACCUGAGCUUGGGAUGGUAUCAGGGAGACAGGACGAGCGAGGUCGCUUAUUGACAUGGUUGAGAUAGGAUUGUGGUCGGAGUUAAGGGUCCCUCUUUUUUUUUCUUUGUUGAAGUGUGAAUAGCUUAAUGUAAACGUACACCAAUUGGCACGCCAUUGAUGCCCGGUAUGUUGAUCAGCAGUGUCGAGUGAGGUCUUCUUGUCAUCUUGGAUAAAUCUGAGUUGUUUUUUUUUGCAAAACUUGAGAGUCAUAGUCGUAUAGAUGCUUGAACCAUGCCAGUCGAAUCGUUAAGCCUCGACCUGAAACAUCUAGGCGUUAACAGUCAACGCUGACAAAUAUUACUGCACACGAGUCAUGAUAUUAUUGUCCCUGAAAGCGGCACAAGCAUGUGAUCUUGUCCUGUCUGCAGCAAGAUGUACAGCGAUGACUCACGACACACAAGCUUUUUUGUCUUUUGUUCAAAGUGUACCAACUAUUAAUUUGCUGAAAUCGAAACUUCACGACUCUUUUGGGUUUCCUUUCUCGUCGUGUUUGGUGAGAAAUGAGUACCAACAAACAGGAUGAAAUGCAGCAGCAAUGACCAAAUACUGGAAAUCGGAGCUGUGUUGCUGAAGGAGUUUAUUUACGAGCGAGUUAGUCGUCAUGGUGACAGCAGCGCUGUUGUGUCGCGGAACGAACUGGGUGGGAGUGAGCUGUGCGACCCCACCCAUAAGAAACUUGCUCAGUGUUUACAGCAGAUUGGGGACGAGCUGGACAACCAUGCAGACCUGCAGAGAAUGCUAUCUGACUCAUCGCUCCAGCCGACUCAAGACGUGUUUGUGAAGGUGGCACGCGAGAUCUUCUCAGAUGGGAAGUUUAACUGGGGCAGAGUGGUGGCGCUUUUCUACUUCGCCUGUCGACUGGUGAUCAAGGCUCUUCUGACAAAAAUUCCAGACAUCAUCAGGACCAUCAUCAACUGGACGCUGGACUACCUGCGGGAACACGUGAUUAAUUGGAUUAGAGAACAGGGAGGAUGGGAGGGCAUCCGCUCCUACUUCGGCACACCGACCUGGCAGACAGUGGGCGUCUUUCUGGCCGGAGUCCUCACCACCGUUGUGGUCAUGCGCAAGAUGUGAAAAAUAAAAGAACGCAUAAGAGUGUCAAAGUAAAUCAAAGAGGGGGGAUGGAAAAGAGGGAGAGACAGAGCCGAUAAAGGGAACAGAGUGACGAAGAGAAAGGCAAUAAGAGGCAGAUCCAUUGUGAUGUGAAUGGAGAGAGAGAGAGAGAAUGGACUGAGAUCGGAUGAUAACGAGAGAGCCAAGCAUUACCUUUAAUCGCUCUACUUUGUGACUCUUGAGCCUUUUUUCUUUCUCGUCAAUCUAUAUAUAUAUAUAUAUAUACACACACACACACACACACAUAUAUAAAUUUAAACAUAUAAUAUAUAUAUAUAUAUAUAUAUAUAUAUAUAUAUAUAUAUAUAUGAAUAUACACAUGCACUGAAAAAGGAAACAAAGAGAGACGGACUGAAGGAUGACCAGGAGGUUGUGUCGGGCCGAACUUUUAAGUUAUUUAUUUUUAUUACGAGACAACAACAAAAAAAUCUACAGCAAUUGUCUUGAUGUACGGAAUAGUUUAGAUGUUUAGCUUCGACUUUUUUUUUUUUUUUUUUUUAAGAAUUUGACAGACUCUUCCUGUUCUAGGAAAUGAUCUGCAUGCCUACUUGAAUCACUCUCCUCUUGCAAUGAAUUACACAUAGGAGUUGCACAUAGUUAUCACUUGCAAAGGGUUUAUAAAGGCUUUAUAAACACAACAUGAAUAUUUUACCUCACGACGUCUUCGUUUUAUUGUCAUCUGAAGUUGUAGUUGUUAGCAGUAGCUGUAAGAGGUUUAGACUUUGUUCUGUCUCUCUUCGUUCUUUCUCUCUUUCCUUCCUUUCAUAUUAAUACUUGGAUAAUUUUACAUGUGUGUGUGUGUGUCUGUGUGUGGGGACACAGUCGCGAUUAUGGUGCUGAAGUCAUAUGCAGAGGCACUUUGGCGGGGUUUGCAGCUUCAAUCGAUAAUGAGAGAUAAUGAUUGUAAAGUUAGAAUAAACCAGGGAUAAUAACCCAGUCCUGAUUUGGGUUCUUUACCAGUUUCUCGCGAAUAUCAGCGAGUUCACUAAGUCGUGUGCUCGAACCCGGAACAGGACAAUUUGUAUCAAUCUUAAAUCUCAGAAAAAGAAAAAAAACAACUAAUAUUAAAUUUGCUGGACUAAAGAGCAAUAGACACUGCAUAUAUAUAUAUAUAUAUAUAUAUAUAUAUAUAUAUAUAUAUAUUCAUCAGUUUGCUGCAAGCUCCCUCAGUGUGAAAAGGUUUGCGUGUGUCUCGUUUAAAAAAAACACAAUUACACACUUGCACAUAGACAGACAUCGACCCGGUCUUCUCGAAGUGGUCUUAGUACUGUAUCUUCUUUUUCCCCCCCUUAAGUCACAUGCAAUCACACUUUUAAGAACAUUCUCAUUUCAUGGUACCUGGCUAAAAUGUUCUUUAAAAAAAAAAAAAAAAAAAGUUCUUAUGUUGACAGUGCCUUUGCCUUUUUAUUAUAAAUCCACUUUGAUACAAUCAUCACUUUGUCGUCUUUUCUAAACGUUUGUAUAACAGUCUGAAUUCUGCUGGAUUGAUUCCCUGGACCUGUUUCCUCUCUAUGAACCCUUUACCUUUUUUGUAAGUUGUAAUAAAAUGUUUUUAUGAAUUUCAA